UAGGAGAGAGAAACGCGUCAUGAGGAAGGUCUUCUCUGCUGGGUUGCUUGCACUGUUCUUCAUGACCGGGGAAGCUCUUGUGUGUCGUAUGUGCCUACAAACAUCCCCUUACAGAGAAUGCACCGACGGCGGCGAUUUCUGCCUGGCAGGCCCUGGACAGUAUUGCCAAGUCCUCAGAGUGAUACGCAGAACCGGUCCGGUUAUUAGGAUUCGGAGCUGCACGAAGACUGGGAGCGAAGAAUGUGGCCUCACCAAGGAGGUGGGCCCGUACAGCCUUAGGUUCACCACUACCUGCUGCAGGAGGCACAUGUGCAACAGAUAGAUGGCAUGGGUCUCCAAC